AAUCUUUCGACUAACACAAAUCAUGACAUCAAAAGAGGAUUGAACUAUUGUCAUCAAAGUACACAUAAGCAAAGUGAUACACAAAAAGCACAAUCAGAGAGAGACAGAGACAGCUCGUCUUCACGCCUCUCUCUUUUCCCGGCAAUUUCAUUUAAGCAAAAAAAAAAAAAACAAACCCUUCUCUUCUCUUCAUGUGACCUUUUCUCUUUCCACUCCUCCAUGCAUCACUCCUCCACCGCCGUCUCCGGCGAACUUAUCAAACCACCUCCCUCAACCGCACCUCUCCAACCACUUCUUGAUCUCAUCACAAACGUCCUCUCUCUCCUACUCCUCUCUUCCCUCACCGUCCGUUCCUUCAUCGGAAAGUGGCAGAUCCUCCGUUCAAAGCUCUUCUCCCUUCACUCAUCUCUCUCCUUCUUGUCUGAAUCUCCUCACUGGUCUCAGAACCCUCUCCUCCACACUCUCCUCCCUUCUCUCCUCUCAAAUCUCCAACGCCUUAACUCACUCUUACACCAAUGCUCCGCCCCUUCUUUCUCCGGCGGGAAACUCCUCAUGCACAGCGACCUCGACAUAGCUUCCUCCUCCCUCUCAACUCACAUCAGUGACCUUGACCUUCUUCUCAGAUCUGGUGUUCUCCAUCAAAACGCCAUCGUUUUAUCCCUCCCUGCUCCUACCUCAGACAAAGACGACAUUGCCUUCUUCAUCAGAGAUCUCUUCACUCGUCUCCAAAUCGGCGGCGCUGAGUUCAAGAAGAAAUCACUUGAGUCUCUCCUUCAGCUUCUCACCGAUAGUGAGAAAUCAGCAAGAAUCAUAGCUAAAGAAGGUAAUGUCGGUUACUUAGUCACUCUCCUCGAUCUCCAUCACCAUCCUCUGAUUCGCGAACAUGCUCUCGCCGCCGUCUCGUUGCUUACUUUAUCAAGCGUUGAUUCGAGAAAGACGGUGUUCGAAGAAGGCGGAUUAGGUCCUCUGUUACGAUUACUCGAAACAGGAUCUCCGCCGUUAAAAACUCGAGCCGCGGUGGCGAUUGAAGCCAUCACCGCCGAUCCGGAAACCGCCUGGGCUAUCUCCGCAUACGGUGGCGUCACCGUUCUAAUCGAAGCUUGCAGAUCGGGAUCUCUAGAAGUACAAGAGCAUAUCGCCGGUGCUAUAAGCAACAUCGCCGCCGUGGAAGAUAUCAGAACAAUGCUCGCAGAGGAAGGAGCCGUACCGGUUCUUAUACCACUCUUGACCUCCUGUUCAUCCUCGGUUCUAUCGUCAUCAACGGGAUUCAUUAUCCAAUUGGGGGAAUUCGUGAAGCACGGAAACGUAAUCCUACAACAGAUUUCAUCUUCUCUCUUAGCGAAGCUAACAAUCAGCGACGGUAACAAACGAGCAAUCUCCGAUUGUUUAAUCUCGCUGAUCAAACUGAUGGAAUCGCCGAAACCGGCGGGGUUACAAGAGGCGGCGACGGAAGCGGCGAAGUUGUUGCUCACCGUUAGAUCAAAUCGGAAAGAGCUGAUGAGAGACGAGAAGAGCGUGAUUCGAUUGGUGCUAAUGCUGGAUCCGAGGAACGAGAGGAUGGUUGCUAAAGAGCUUCCGGUGAUGGUUGUGGCGGCGAUUCUCUCAGGAGGAAAUAAUCCGGCGAGGACGAAAUUGAUUAGUUUAGGAGCUGAUCGUCAUCUUCAAUCUCUGGAGGAGUUGGAAGUUUCCGGCGCGAAGAAAACGCUUCAGAGACUCGCCGCCGGUAAUCGGCUGAAGAGUAUGAAAGCUGCAAUUGUGGAAGACCUGGAACGUGUGCCUUCUACUUUUGACUAAAAGCAAAGAUUCCGAUUACUGAUGUACACACAUUCAUAUCGACAGGCAAAUUUUUCUUUCGUCUGAUAUUUUAAUUAAUUCAUCAAAGUCACGGAUGCAGGUUUUAUAGAGUAUCCUCCUUCUGCUUUGUUUUAUUUUGUAAGUCCUUGAAAACGAUCCAUCUCAUGUCUAAACUUUAGUUUAUUCUUGAAAAUGAUCUGAGUCCGAAGUUUAGGGUGGAGAGUUUUUCUUUUUCCACAUGUAUCGUGUGUUAUAUAUGUAAAUGACUCUUUGAAUUUUUUUUUUUUUUAAUCUGUAACGAGUACUAAUACAGACUGUAUCUGCCGACUAUUUUAUUUCCCUAAUAUCUUCAUAUUUUUUGUACCAUAUUUAUCAAUGCGUUUGAAACAAAUAUGUGAACAGAAUACAAAUCGUCUUAGACCA